GCCAUCAUUUUGCUGUGGCAUUUCAAUGCAGAAAGCAGCAAAAAUGGAACUGGAAAAAGAUGUUGAUUUACAUCAAAAAAUUGCAGAAAUUAAGAAAAGAAUUCUCCUCACAGAGGGUCAAAAGACAGCAAACGCAGCAGAAUGGCAAAAACAAAGUCGAAUCAAUUCCGAAACUCUAUCUACUCUCAAAAAAGAGAACAAGGAUCUAACCUCGCAAAUGGUGAUGUUGAAAAAUCCCAUCAACCGACCAAUGGGUAAGGAUUUAGAUAUUGAACCUGGUGGUGGUAAGCCACUGUAUCCCGUUGGAGCUAAAAGUCCCGAAGAAGCAGUAUUCUUGAUGGACCUAAAAAUCACUGAAAACCGUAAACAGUUAGACUUGCUGCGACACAGGUUCCAAGUCAGACAGAAGUAUUUCAAUAAACUGGUUCAACAUUAUGAAGACUUGUUGGCUUACAAAGAGCAUCAGUCGAAGGAAGUUGGAGGAAAACCACCAGAAACACUGGAAGAAGAUGCAAAUCGAAAGUUGGUUAUUCAACUGGAAAACGAGAUUCAUCGGAAAAAUGUGAAAUGGAAUGAAGCCGAACACAUUAAGAAGAAGUAUAAAUCCAUUCAAGCUUCACUCAUGGCUGAUGCUGAAAGAUUCGAAAGAUCUUUGAAGGAGCUAGAGGAAGCUUUGGCAGAACAACAGACCGAAAUAAAUAGGCUUCAGCAAGUCCACAAUGAAGCCCUUGAGAUGCGUGAUGUUGCUAAAGUUAUCCUGCAACGUCAAGAGCAACAAGCAAAUACUUCUUUAAAAAUUCGAGAACGUCAGGCUUUAGAUUUUCGCAAGCAAGUCGAAAGUCGCAAAAUGGAACUUGAACGCAUUGGUCGUAAGCUAUUUACAGAUGCUAAAACUUUUGUUCAUCAAGAUAGUAUUGGGUCAAGUUCUGGUGACCAACAGACUGGAAAAACCGAACAUGACGAUGAUCCGAAUUCCCAGUUACAAAGUGUAACAACCGAUAUGGAGACAUUGUUCAAAGAGCUCAUGGAAGUGACGGGAGCUACUUCACCAUCAAAUGUAUUAGAAAGAUUUUUAUCUCAAAAAGAAUCUUCGUUGCGUUUGACUUAUCUGCGAAAUGCAGCCGAGUCUGAAAAAACUGAUUUAGAAACUCAACGAGAAAAUCUAACCAAAGAAUUGGAAACAUCUAAAUUUUCAGAGAUGAAGGAAAGUGAAGUAAAUCAAGAAGUUGUUGAAAAGCUUAAACUUGAAAUCAGCAAUAUGAACAAAGAAAAGCAAAAGAACGAUGAAGCAGCUUCGAGGACUGUUGGAGUUAUAAAGUUCAUUCAAGACAGACUACGAGAUAUGAUUUAUAAGUUGCAAGAAGUUGAUGAGAGUGAUGUUAAUAUUGUGGAGAAGUGCAAGUCCAUAUCUGCGCAAAGCUUACCGGACUUUCUUGUUAAUGAUGCAACAGACGAAGACUUAAUAGAUAUUCUUAAAGCAAAAUUAGAGAGAAGUUUACAAUCUCAAGGAGAGAAAGAAAUUGAAAGUCUACAAAAAUCGGGAGAUGUUGAGGUUGACGAACUUGCUGUACGUCUUGAACAAACUCCUUCUAUAACAGCCGAAGAUAAACCCCAACCAAUGCCAAUGUGCUAUUAUAACCUCGUAUCAGGACGUGCCACCCGAACAUUGGGAACUUCGUCUGGUUCUCCUGAGCAAGGACCAGCACCAGGUAAAACUGUCACUGACGAUGAAAGUGAAGUUCCAUCGAGGAACUUCCUUAAGCGACAAUCAGUUGUUAUUGUCGAUACAAAAUCCAGACGCAAGGCAUACCGUCCCGUUCCACAAAGAAGGAAGUAAAUUUAUCGCCAGUUCCUUGUCUCCUUUUGUAAACUUUAUUAACAAAUAAUAAAAUCGAGAGCUUUUCUCCAACAAAAUAUCAAUAACAACCUUUGAUUCACUUAGUUUCGAUCUUUUCGUGACCAUGACAAAGAAAUCUUCAUCUAAAAGUCGUUUUGUUGGCACAAUAUGAAUGUAAU